UUGGGGGUGGGGGCAUGUGCUGGGCGUGGACAAAUGAUCGGAGGGGGAGCUAAGAGCGUUUGGCAGACCAUGCACACUUCUGCUCCCCAUUCAGAGGACCCACCUGGCAGCAGGGCCCUCUUCUCUGAGCAUCUGGGAAGAAGCCCCUCUUCCAGCUGCAGGAUGGGCAGCAGCAGAAGGAAGGUCAUCUGGGUUCUAUGCUCGCUGCUGCUGCUCCUUGAAGCCAGUUCUGCCAAGAGUAUUUGGAAACGGGCACUGCACGCGAGGCUGGCUGAGAAACCCCAAGCCCAGGAGGCUGAUGGCCCCGGGCAGCCCCGCGCGGACCGCUGCCCGCCACCCUCGCGCUCGCUGCCCCCCGGAGCCUGCGAGGUGGAGCCCUGCCAAGCGCACACCCAGUGCCGGCAGCGCCAGCGCUGCUGCCAUAACGGCUGCGCCUACGCCUGCCUGGAGGCCGUGCCGCCCCCGCCAGUUGUAGAUUGGCUGGUAGAGCCGAAACCUCGAUGGCUUGGUGGCAACGGCUGGCUCCUGGAUGGCCCCAAGGAGGUGUUACAAGCGGAGACCUGCAGCACCACAGAGGACGGGGCGGAGCCACUCCUCUGUCCCUCAGGCUACGAGUGCCGCAUCCUGAGCCCGGGUGACAUGGCCAAGGGCAUCCCCAACCGCGGGGAGUGUGUCAAGCAGGGCCCAGCAGAAGAGCCGUCCCAAAGACAUACAGCUCACAAAAAAUACCCAGAGGGAGACACCAAGAACGUGGCAGAACAUGGAAAAGGGCGACGGAGGCACAUGCAAUAAAGUGGCGACGGGCUAAUCUGAAAGGACAUUCCUCACUUUCUGCUAAGCCUUGGACAUUGUUGUAUAAGAAUGCUUUGGCCCUCAGAGGUCAUGCCCAGCUCAGCAGAGCAUAACCCCGGAGAUGCCGAGAGGCGGGAUACAGGCUUCAUCACCCGGCUGGGUGACGGUGGGAGCCGCAGACCAGCGCCGGGUCCUGCUCUGUCGCCUUGGAAACGCCUGGAUCUCACUGGGCCCUGCGGCUCCACAGACACUACCUGGGAAGAAGGCGCUGCCUUGUGAGCACAUGCGAAGCUCUUUCUAAGUCAGAGCUCCGUGCUGUGUCAUUUACAGCCUCCGUCCAGGUCCGACUCUGGUGGGCACGCACCCCGCCUCCCACAGUCUCAGAAGAUAGCCACGUUCUCCCACGUUCUCCCAGUACAUUCGCUCAUCACAAAAUGAAGAUGAA